AUGUUCUGGAUCGAUAGAACCCUUGCGAAUCUCUCGAUCCGCUCAGCUCGUUCAGCUCGUUCCUCUCAUUUCUCCCGUCCCCAUCGUCCAGCUCGUCCAACUCGUGCCGCCCGUUCAGUCAGUUCAGCCGCCCGCCCAGCUCGUCUAGUCGAUGCGGCCUGGUCACUUCGACUGCGCAUGCCAUGCGCACACCACAGUUUUUUCGGUGCUUGCGUGUCUACACUUGAGGUCUGUCGACGACGCCUGUCUCGAUGCCGAGGAUAUCAGACACUUGGGUGUCUCGGUGCCUCGCCGCAUUUCUCCUUCGCUAGCCUAAGGCCUUAUCAGCAAAGUGCCUGCGCUGGCGACUACGAUUUGGGCGUACCAACGACGAAGCCAAUCAGCGAGACGCGAGCAAGCGACCAGUCCCUCGUGCGUACGUGUCUAUUCGCUACUUUACACUUGAGCGAAGAUUACCUCAGUCCAAUCUAUUCCGAUCCUCAUCCUUAUCCUCAUCCACAUCCACAUCCACAUCCACAUCCACAUCCACAUCCACAUCCACAUCCACAUCCACAUCCACAUCCACAUUCGCAUUCAUAUUCACAUUCACAUCCUUAUUCUCCUGAUCCUGAUCCUGAUCCUGAUCCUGAUCCUGAUCCAUCUGCCCCGUCAUCUAUCGGCCAGUUCUGUCUGAGCAGUUCUGCCUCCUAA